UACUUGUACAAUUCCAUAUUCUCCCUCCGUUCCAGAUUACUCUGAGUCCAAUUCGAGACGGCUCUCCCCCCUCCCCUCCCGUCAGCGGCAGCCGCAACCAUGGCUUCCGCCGAAACCCUAGCCCGGUCCCCCUCAUCGCGCGAGCCCUCCUCCGACCCGCCCCGCGCCGCCUCUUCUGAGCCCCACCACAACGGCGAUGGACCCGGCGCGGGCGCCGGAGACUCGUCCCGCCGCCGGCGCCGCAGCCGCUGGGAGCAGUCCAACGACGACUCCGCCGCCAACAACUCCGGCGGCGAGGGUGGGACCGGGGGCCGGAAACGCAAGACGCGGUGGGCCGAGGAGGAGCCGCGCCCAGCCAUCGCGCUCCCGGACUUCAUGAAGGACUUCGCCGCCGAGAUGGACCCCGAGGUGCACGCCCUCAACGCGCGCCUCCUCGAGAUCUCGCGCCUGCUGCAGUCGGGCCUCCCGCUCGACGACCGCCCCGAGGGCGCGCGCUCGCCCUCCCCCGAGCCCGUCUACGACAACAUCGGCAUCCGCAUCAACACCCGCGAAUACCGCGCCAGGGAGCGCCUCAACCGCGAGAGGCAGGAAAUCAUCUCGCAGCUCAUCCGCCGCAACCCCGCCUUCAAGCCCCCCUCCGACUACCGCCCACCCAAGCUCCAGAAGAAGCUCUACAUCCCCAUGAAGGAGUACCCCGGGUACAACUUUAUCGGCCUCAUCAUUGGCCCUCGUGGCAACACGCAGAAGCGCAUGGAGAAGGAGACUGGUGCGAAGAUUGUCAUCAGGGGUAAGGGUAGUGUCAAGGAAGGGAAGCUGCUGCAGAAGAGGGACCUCAAGCCGGAUCCCAGCGAGAACGAAGACCUCCACGUUCUUGUUGAGGCAGACACGCAGGAGGCACUGGACGCGGCUGCUGGUAUGGUGGAGAAGCUGCUCACCCCGGUGGAUGAGGUGCUCAAUGAGCACAAGCGGCAGCAGCUCCGGGAGCUUGCUGCACUUAAUGGAACAAUCAGGGACGACGAGUUUUGUAGGACAUGUGGUGAGGCUGGUCACAGGCAGUAUGCUUGCCCCAACAAGAUGAACACGUUUAAGAGUGAUGUGCAGUGCAAGAUCUGCGGGGAUGGUGGGCAUCCGACUAUUGAUUGUCCUGUCAAGGGCACUUCUGGGAAGAAGAUGGAUGAUGAAUACCAGAACUUCCUGGCUGAGCUUGGUGGUGGGAGUGCACCGGAGUCCAUGAACAAAUCUGGUGGUCCAAUGUUGGCUCUUACAGGAAGUGGUGGUAGUGGUGGUGCUUCUGCUGGAACUGGGAGUAACCCACCUUGGUCAACCAAUGGUGGUGCUGCUGCCACUGGGCUCAAUGGUAUCAAGAAAGAUUAUGACGAGACAAAUCUGUAUAUCGGCUACCUGCCACCUACAAUGGAUGAUGCUGGAUUAGUCAGUCUGUUUUCGCAAUUUGGGGAUAUUGUCAUGGCUAAGGUGAUCAAGGAUCGAAACACUGGACAGAGCAAAGGAUAUGGAUUUGUCAAGUAUUCAGAUGUGUCACAGGCCAAUGCAGCGAUUGCUGCAAUGAAUGGUCACCAUCUUGAAGGGAGAGUUAUUGCGGUUAGAGUUGCAGGAAAGCCGCCACAGCCGGCACCAGCAGUGUCAGCACCCCCAUCGUAUCCUCCUCCUACGGAUCCUACCUCAGGUGGCUAUUCCUCCCAGUCCUACAUGGGGGCACCACCACCACCUCCUCCUCCAGGGAGUUAUGCUCCAGUUCCUUGGGGGCAGCCACCACCGUAUGCUUCAUAUCCUCCGCCACCACCAGGCUCUAGCGUCUACAAUCCUGCACCCCCUGCACCAGGUCAAGCUGUCCCACCUCCAUAUGGCGUGCAGUAUCCACCACCCCCACCCCCACCCCCAGCAGCUCCGAUCCCUCCACCAGGCACUGCUCCAUCAAGUGAUGGAGCUCAGAACUACCCCCCUGGUGUAACACCACCAAGUUCUGGCACACCAACUCACCCUGUUGCAACAUCAGUAUAUGCAUCAUCUGGCGCACCAAAUGCACCAUCGAUGUACCCUCCACCACCUUAUAGUUAUUCCCCAUACUAUCCAUCACCAUUUCAGCCACCACCUCCACCACCACCGGCUAGUGUUAAUCCCUCUCAGAGUAUUGCAACUGCACCUUGGGCAACCCACAGUGCAGUGCCGCCACCACUGCCACCUUUGUCCUCCACAACCGACCAGCCUACUGCUUCCUAUGGUGCUGAUGCAGAGUAUGACAAGUUUAUGUCAGAGAUGAAGUGAUGAGCGAAACUGGGCGAUUCUUCCAAUGAAGGGAAAAAAGGCUUGAUCUUUCUUGGAGCUUAUACCAACCUGAUUUAUUUCUUGUUGGAAGUUUGGGACUCACAUCUUAACCUUGCUGUGUGCUGUUGUGACCAUUGCAGAGGUUGCAUGCUUAAGAAGCAUCAAGUAUUACUGGCUCAGCUGGCAUUGGAAUAUUUGCUUAUCUCCUUGAACUUUUCAGGAACCUUUUACUAAUGCUUUUGUUAUGAUAUCUAUUCUUGUUAUUAUUUGAUAUUACCCUGUGAUGUCACUAUAAUGCUCUGUUCUUUGUAUGUGUUAAUCUCACUUUAUUAUUCAUAUAUAUAUUUGUCUUCAUCUUGAUUUGGUAAUGCUAUCACUCCAUCUGGAGCAGAAAAGCUUGCUGCCCCGUGCUGGUUGGUAUAACUCCAAAAAUUAAAAUGCAUGUUUGGUAUCUUCUGAUGAAUUUGUCAUGCUUUUCUAAUAUAUGUCUUCACCUAAGUUGCUUGGCAGUUGUUGUGACAGCUUGGCACAGGCAGCCAGAGUUUUUAGCACUUGAUGAAUAUCAGGUAUAGUGGAGGUGCUGUGAAUUGUUCUGUGAACCUAAAGUUUUUUCAUUUGGUUUCUGCACAAUUUUCUACUGACAAACAGUAACGAGUUUCUCAUUUUUGGUAGUUGAUGUGUGCGCAUUAGGGUAUCUAAGCAUGCAUGCAUGCUGGAAAAAUCUUUGAUGAAGAGCUCACAGAUAUAUAUUUUAUAUUGCUAAUGCCUUUUUUAACAUCAUUGGAUUUUUUGUUUGCGGUUCAAGUAGGACAUGCUGGCAUGCAGAUCUAGUCUGGAGUCUUAUGCUCAAGAUGCAUAUUGUCACAAUGAUAUUGUGAGGUGAACUGAAGGUUUGGAGGUUGGCUCAGAUUAGUUUUUUCUAAGUAAAGUAGGAUAUCACCAUAAUCAUAUCCUAGUGGAAGAAUGUGAUAGUCAGUCCACAACCAGCAUUAGGUACCUUUAUCAUGUUGCAGAUAUACCAGCUAGCUAGGGUUAUCUCAUAGAUUUGUAGGUGUUAAUCUGUCAUUCUGUCCUACUUUUUGUCUGUUUUUUCAAAGUUCUUUCUUCUCCAGUGUGCUGUGUAGAUGGGAAAAAAAAGUACAUGAUGUAAUGAUCAAGGGUACAAUUUUUACAUUUAUUAUCUGUUGUCUUUCUC